UGCACGUUGCAACGUGCUGAAACGUCUACGCCGUCUCUUUUCUCUGAGGUGAACAAGCAGAGCAGACACGCAUUGCGUGGUUCUGCUUAUUCCCUAAUAAAAUGGUUUUGCUGCACGUGUUGUUCGAGCAUGCUUCGGGCUACGCGCUGUUCGCCGUCAGAGAGGUGGAGGAGAUCGGCAUGCUGCUACCUCAGGUGGAGGAGAGCGUGUUGAGUCUCGGGAAGUUCAACAGCAUGGUGAGCCUGGCCGCCUUCUUCCCCUUCAAGUCUGCGCAGGCUGCCCUGGAGAACAUGAACGCCAUCUCUGAAGGUGUGGUUCAUGCAGACCUCAAGCUGUUCUUGGAGACGAACCUUUCUCUGUCUGGAAAGAAGAAGGCGGUUUUGGGGGUUUCCGAUGCCAAAAUCGGAGCUGCUCUUCAGGAGGAAUUCAGUAUUUCCAUACAGACCGGAGGAGCAGUGGCUGAGAUAACCAGAGGUGUGCGCCUGCACUUUCACUCCCUGGUGAAGGGUCUGACGGCGCAGGCCGCCUCCAAGGCCCAGCUGGGUCUGGGUCACAGCUACUCCAGAGCCAAGGUCAAGUUUAACGUCAACCGGGCCGACAACAUGAUCAUCCAGUCCAUCGCUCUGCUGGACCAGCUCGACAAAGACAUCAACACGUUCUCCAUGCGAGUCCGUGAGUGGUACGGCUACCACUUCCCGGAGCUGAUCAAAAUCGUGACGGACAACUCGAUGUACUGCCGCCUGGCUCAGCUCAUCGGCAACAGGAAGGAGCUGUCGGAGGAGAGCCUGGAGAGUCUGGAGGAAGUGGUGAUGGACAGCGCCAAGGCUCAGGCCAUCCUGGACGCAUCGCGUUCCUCAAUGGGUAUGGACAUUUCACCCAUCGACCUGAUCAACAUCGAGAGGUUCUCGAACCGCGUGGUGUCCCUGGCCGCCUACAGGCUGGAGCUGCAGGAGUACCUCCGCUCUAAGAUGAGCCAGGUGGCGCCGAACCUGGCCGCCCUCAUCGGAGAAGUGGUUGGAGCCCGACUGAUCUCCCACGCCGGGAGUUUGACCAACCUGGCCAAGUACCCGGCCUCCACCGUUCAGAUCCUGGGAGCGGAAAAGGCCCUGUUCAGAGCUCUGAAGACACGAGGCAACACGCCCAAAUACGGCCUCAUCUUCCACUCCACCUUCAUCGGGCGCGCCGCCGCCAAGAACAAAGGCCGCAUCUCCAGAUACCUGGCCAACAAAUGCACCAUCGCUUCGCGCAUCGACUGCUUCUCCGAGCUCCCAACCAGCGUGUUUGGAGACAAACUGCGUGAACAGGUGGAGGAGCGUCUGUCCUUCUACGAGACCGGAGAGGUUCCACGGAAAAACAUGGAUGUCAUGAAGGAGGCUGUGAAAGAGGCUACCGACGUAGCAGCUGAAAUGAAGCGGAAACAAGAGAAGAAGGAAAAGAAACGCAAGAAGCGCGAGAAGAAGCAGCAGGAACUUGCAGAAAACGGGGAAACGAACGGCGAAGCUGAGGAGGAGAACGGAGAAGAUGACACGCCCGUAGCGAAGAAGAAAAAGAAAAGACAAGCUGCAGAGGAGACCGAAGAGGCCGAGGCCGUGGAGACUCCAGUCAAGAAAAAGAAACGAAAGAGCGAAACGUUGGCGGCCGAAGCAACUGAAGAACUUCCAGAACCAGUAAUGUCUGAGAAGAAAAAGAAGAAGAAAAAGGAGGCGAAUUAGUGACAAAGACUUUCAAUUUUUGUGUACAGUUUUAUUUUGUAUGUAACCGAGGUUAGUUUAUGUAGAAUAAAUGCUUAUGAAUGUGUCAUAAUUCUGUGUAAAUAUAUUUUGUAUCAAAUUGAGGAAACAUUUGGCACCUCCAGCCUUAAGAACCAGAUAUCCCUGCUAAUUUGUGAGGCUGUGCUACUCUUAGGAUUUUGAAUUAUGUGGAAUAUCCAGAUGCCAUGUAAUUUAACAGCAGACUCAUCCAAACAUUUCCAGUAAAGCACAUGCCUGAAACAUAAAGCUUUCACCGGUUUAUUCUGUGCUACGUAAUGGAAUCAGUCCUGUGUUUUUAUAGUUUUGUUUUUAAAAAGGUGUCUGAUUUCUGAUCAAUUGCCAGAAAGUGAACUACCAGUGUUAAGUCCAGGAAUUCCCUGAUCUGUUCGGUUAUGAGGAACCUUUCAGUGAAUCUUGUUAGAAAAUCCCUCCAAGUUGCGCUUAUUCAAGAUGCCUUGAAUUUUUGUGAUAUUUUUGUAAUAAAAUGUAUGUCGAA